AUGGCUGCGGGUGUGAUCCAGCCCCUAUGUGACUUGCGGCUGUCCCUGCCGUCCCACAAGCCCUCCCUGCCCUCAGACCCGGAGCCCCCAGAAACUUCCGAGGAAGAGGCGGAGGAGGAGGACCACAACGAGGGGCUGGAGGGUAAGGGGCCAGUGGGCUGCAGCCCAGCCCCCCAGAGCUCAGGCUGGGCUCAGGCCGCCCCAGAAGCAGGCCCUCAGGGUCCCAGCAGCCCUGAGAUGCCGCUGCAGCUGCUGCGGUUCUCUGAGCUCAUCAGCAGCGACAUACAGCGGUAUUUUGGCCACAAGGACAAGGAGCUGGACCCAGGUGCGGGCAAUGUCUACGCUGACGACUACCCGGCCAGCAGCUCUGCCAGAGAGCUCCACUACGCGGACCUGGCGCAGCUGGCCCAGGGAGGGCCCCCAGAGGAUGAUGAGGCUGCCAAGCCCAGAGUCCGCUCCCCCGGGGGGCCUGAGGGACAGGCGCACAGACCGGGCCUCGGCGGGGCCAGUGUGCAGCCACUGGGCCCCCUGGCUGAACUCUUUGAUUUCGGGCUGCGGCAGUACUCGGGGUCCCGGGCGUCAGCCAGCCGCAGACUGAGGCUAGAGCGCAAAUAUGGCCACAUCACCCCCAUGACCCAGCGGAGUCUGCCCCCCUCCUUCUGGAAGGAGCCGGUACCCAGCCCCCUGGGCCUGCUCCGCCCUGGCACGCCAGACUUCAGCGACCUGCUGGCCAGCUGGUCAGCCGAGGCGGGCCCCGAGCUGCCAGGCGGAGCGGCCCAGGUCCUGGAGGGGGCACAGCUGGUAGAGGCCUAG